AUGCGUCUCGCGGUCAUCCAAGUUUCCCUUGCUGCUCUUGCCCUUUUCAGCGCAGCAGAGGCACAGAAUAAGACGGGGUGCACGCAAGAUUCGGACUGUAGCUGUUCAGGAGGCCUUGUUCCAACUUGCAUGUAAGUGCUGGUUCAUCGAUUGCUUCGUACUAAUGCUGAUAUUAUCGUCAUACUGUGAGCAAUUCUCAUGGUCAUUGUGUAUGCUCAGAAUGAUAGUCAUUCCAAGGGGCACAACGUACGGAGUAGUGUUGUUCAGAUGGUUCUGGCGUUUUCCCUUUCAAAAUGUCCACCAAAGAGGGAGUUCACCGUCUAUUACGUGGGAACGACUAGCGGGCCUUGGCAGCGGUUUGGAGGCAGAACAACAGGGUUGGGGCUUUGGUCGCAGUGCAGCUGAUUUGGGUGGUUGA